AUGCUGCAGUGCAACCUGCGCAAUGCAGGGCGCAACAAACAUGCAUACCGCUACACCCUCGACGACAAAUCUGUCUUCUUGGGCAUCAACAAGCAUGGUCCUUGCGGCUACAGUAGCUUACCCAUGAUCAAGCCCGGCCGUUCCACCAUUUCCCGGACCCUGAAGAAGCUGCGAUUCUGUCCCGGCCUGAAUCGCAUCCUGAUGGAGGCGAUGAAACGGUGGAUAGAGGCCUUGCCAGAACAAGACAGGGAGGUUGUGGUGGUGUUCGACGAGAUGGCGCUGAGAGUGCGCUUCACGUACGACGCCACAGAAGACAAAAUAGUUGGCUUCGUCGAUUUCGGGAACGGUGUUCGAUAA